AUGGAUAUUGGAAGAAGGAACACUCCGAAAUACAGUUUCAAAUGUCCCGAUCUCAUGGAAUUAAGGAAUCUAGCAUCUUUUAUGGAUGAUCCUAAGGAUUUCAAGGACUAUCUCGAAAGACUUUUGUAUGUUCUAUCUAUUGAUGUUGAGGAUGGUCUUCUUUAUACUCUAGUUCAGUUCUAUGAUCUCGUUUACCGGUGCUUCAGUUUCCCUUAUUAUCAGUUGUUACCUAUCAUGGAGGAGUAUGCUUAUCUUUUAGGUAUGCCUGUUUCCGAUAGAGUUCCUUUUAGUGGGGUGGAACGAAUUCUUGAAUCUCGAGUUACCGUUGAAGCCAUUCACUUGAGAAAAUCUGAUGUAGAUACUAAUCUCACCGUUAAAGGAGGUAUCAAAGGGUUGACUUCUAAAUUUUUUAUUGAGAAAUCUUUUUCUUUUGCCAAUGUUGGUAGCAUGGUGGACUUUGAAGAUAUUCUUUCCUUACUCGUCUAUGGUUUGAUCUUGUUCCCCAACAUUGACAACUUUGUUGAUGUUAAUGCUAUUAGGAUCUUCUUGGUUGGGAAUCAUGUUCCAACUUUUCUUGGUGACACUUAUUUCUCCAUUCAUCAUAAGACUUCUAAGGGGAAUGGAACUAUUGUCUAUUGUGCGCCUUUACUGUACAAGUGGUUUAUUUCUCGCUUGCCGCAGUCUCCUAUCUUCAAAGAAAACAAGGGUUGUUUAAGGUGGUCUCAAUGGCUCAUGUCUCUCACCAAUGAUGAUGUAACUUGGUAUUCUUCUGUUUACGAUGACGUCAAGAUUAUUGAUAGUUGUGCAAUGGUCAAAUCGCUCACUAUUAAAGUCAUAGAGGAGUUGCAAGAGGUUUUGGAUAGGAUGAAGCAAGAGAAGGAUGAUUGGGAAGAUAAAUUUCACACCUCACGCCUUGAGAAGGUAGAAUUGUAG